AUGCCGCCCCGGAGGCCGCGGGAGGGCAGUGGGUGGGGGCCCCCGGGAGCCCAGCUGGAGCUCGAGGGCCUAGGCCGGGGCGUCCUCCUGCUCCGGGACCCCUCCCGAGGGCGGACGCCUGCGUCGCGCAACCAGGUACUCCAGAAAAACAGGUUCGGUGCCUGUGUUGUGAACCCCAACGAGAAGAAGUCUAAGACCUUCACGCAGGCUGCACACUCCAGGCUUUAUUCUGUGGACAAGUCCCACAUAGGACCUGGGACCUAUGGUUCCAAGGAGACCUGCUUCAGCAAGAAGAAGCUGAACAGGGAGGUGGGCACAGGCUGGGCCAAGGCUCAGGAAGCCACCCGGCUGACCCAGCUUCCCCACUUCCAGUACCAGGCCAUCAUGAGGGAGAAGCAGCUACAGGAGAAAAAACUGGGGCCCGGCUCCUACAACUUCAAAGACUUCUUGGAACAGCUGCAGCAGAAGCCCAGCAGUAACCGGGGGUUGCUCAGCUCCGGGGAGGCCCGCUUCCAAGGCUUCAUUGGGAACUACUACCCAGGCCCUGGGAAUUAUGGAGAGAGGGGCAACCCGUACAAGAAGCUGGAGGAGAGCCAGUGGAACCGAGGCCAUUCCGAGAGUCUCAUGUGCAGGAUGUCCAACAAGCCACGCCCCCUGGGGAAUCAGGGAAGUGGUCUGGCACCAGGGACGUACUUCCUCAAAAGUGGCAUUGAGACGUACCUGGCACACAAAGUCGGUGCCCGCGGCCCUUAUGACACCUUCUCCGGCGACCGGGCCAAGCCGCCACCUUAUGGACAUUACUCUGUGCAGAAAAAAAAGCCCAGGGAGCUGGCAAAUUUCAAGAGCUUCGUGGAAGACUUGAACUCGCACCACAAUAAGAAGCGCGGCGUGUUUUCAAAGCUGCCCCGGAACCCCAAAAUGCCUUCGGAGAGGAUUUACUGGUCUACCCUUAGCCAGUGCCCCCGAACACUGGCCACGUCUGGUCCCGGAACCUGGGUUGAGCAAGAGGCGGAGCAGAAACACGUCAACAGGCCACCGUUCCUGAUGUCCUCGAAGCGGCUGGGCACAAAGUCCUACCAGAUACUUACGGGGAGCUGGAAUCCUGUCGGCGUGGGCCGCUACCUCAACACCUGGCUGUUUGAGACAAAGGACAGACGACAGCGAUACCGGUCUCUGUACCUGGGUGAAUCCAAGCGCUACCCGUCGGACCCCGCCUGGGACACGCUCCUGCAGGAAAGGAUCACACCUGCUUCUAAGAAGACAGUGCCUUUCAACUGUAGAUUAUAACUCAGAUGCUACUCAUUAAAGC